CACUGGCUAGCUAGCUUAGCUUAGUUAGCCUUAGCUCAUAGACAAACAAAACUGAAAUCAUCAAGCUCCUGACCUGAGUUAAUGCACAACACGACAUUGUUGGAAAGUAUUUAUUUAUUAUGUUUACAAGCUUUGACAAAAUUAAACAAAUGAGAUAUCAUUUCAAAUAGAUCUCAUUAGCUAAUUUUGUUAGCCUUUCUUGAAAAGUCUUUCUAUACUAUAUUAAGAGGAGCUAACUAAUCCUGAAAUAGUUUCAUUUCAACAGCAAAGAUAAUUAACAUUUUUUACAAAAUGUCUAAUAUUUCGUUUUUAUAUCAGUGGUAUGUGAUUUGGUAAAACUGGUAAAAAUAAGUGGUGGAACUGGAGCCAAAGCUAAUCCAGCAGCUAGUUAGCUUAGCUUAGUUAGCAUUAGUAUAAACAGCCAGUAUAAACAACAAUAAUUAGGCAGGAAUUGUGAAAUAAUUAAUUGUUUUUUUUCAUAAAAUAUGCAGCAUUCCUUUCUGAUGUCCAUGUGUAGAGAACCUGAGGCGAAGCUGACAGAGGUCUGAAUCAUGUCCCACGUGGCCAGGCUGGUCGCAGAGCCUCGGACAUGGCCCAUCGCUCCGGACGGAUACAUCCCCAACUCUGUGAUCAGGAGCUUGAUGCAGAAAGAAAAACAGCUUCACCAGCCAGGCAGCUGCCUUCAUCCGCUACAUGGAUGCACCAGAAAUGAUGAAGGAGAUGACAGCACAAGGGCUUUCUGGUUCGCUGAUGAUGAGGAGAAGGAAGAAGAGAUGGACGUGGUGAACUCAAAGAAGAGUAAAAGGGAAGAUGAAAAAAAUGACGAAAAGGUGGAUAAAGCAAAUAAAAGAGAGUAUGAAAGGAAAGCGAAUGAAGAUGACAGUAAGGAAAAGAUGAGGGUACUUAAAGCAGGAAGCGAGCAGCAGGCGGAGGAGAGGAAGGAGAGCAUCGUUUUCCAGACAGAAAGGCUGAGGAAACAUCUGGAAACCUCUGGUGGACUCAACGCUCUGCCUCCCGACACAGAGCUCCACUCAACAGGCAGUUUGAACACCAGAAGCUUCCUACCAGCUGAAGACGAGCAUGGACAUAAACCCCUGAGAGACCUGGAGGACAAUAUGGAGCCUUCUGAUACAAUCACACCUCCUCUUCAAUAUCUUUCCACACCCAUAAAACAUACGAUACCCAACAGAGAGAUGCUGAAGCUUCCAGCCAAACGUCAGGUGGUUUCUGCAGAUAUUGUCUCAAAGACAGAUUCUGACGUUGAAGGACCGCCUCCCCUCAAGGCUCCUCCCCCAAGUCCAGAGGCUCUUCAACCUGAACUUGAACACUCUUUGAUCAGAGAUCAGCUGUUCCUCCUGACCUCUGACAAAUAUGACAACAUCCAGGAAAAAACACCGCUGGCCCUUAAUCUAAAAGUCAUGGACCUCUAUAAGAAAUUAAAAGUUUUCAAAAAGAAGUCGUCGCAGAGGGGAAACCUUCCACACUCCUCCGUUCACACUGACAUCCUGUGGUUGCGUCUGAGAGGUGGACUUAGUUGCUCCUGGUCCACAGCUGAGGCGGACUCAGGAGGGCUGAGUGGACACGAGCCUCCUCAGAUACCAGAUAACGUCCUGAUGCCUGAGUGGAGGAAGAACCUGUACCAACUCAUCGCUCAGCACGGUUUCCGGUCUCAGCAGGCAGCUCAGGCGUUUGCUGCAGAGCAUUCGUUGAAAUCUUCUGGUGCAAAACGAGCUCCAGGACGCAUCGAGCAACUCCAGCCUGGCUCAGCAGCAGCUCAUCAGAGGGUGGUCCAAAGCAUGCGGAUGACAGACCCCACGGAGCCGGCUCCACCUUACUCCCAUCAUAUAAUCCCCAUGGACCCUCAGCUCAGCUUCUUCACCUCCCAACUCCAAGGGAAGACUGGCCAUGGACGGCUGGAGUCUGAGUGGAUGAGAGGAUCUGAGGAGGAAAAGAGGCUGAGAAUCACCAGAAAACCGAACUGUAGAUAAACAGGAAGCUGAUGUUCUUCCUCCCAGUCAGUCUGGAGCUUUUUCUGGACAACAUGUUGGGUUUCCAAACAUUGCUGUAAUAAAAAGAUAAUCCUCUAUCUUUAUUUGUUUUAUAGCAUUUCUGUUAAUAUACAUCAUAUAAAGCAGGACAGCCCUAUUCAUUCAGCUUCACUCGGAGCUUCUAGUUUAGCUUUAAUAUUCUAAUCAAACCUUUAAAUGUGUGACGGAACCUGAACCACAGAAAACAAGUCAAAUAGAUAAAAGACAAAGUCUGAAUGAUAAAUCGUUUAUCAGAGGAACAUUAAAUUAACAUUAAAUCUCUUUAGAGUCUCUUAUUUUUCCUUUUUCCAGCUCGCCAUCUGUCUCUGUCCUCUAAGUUGUCCUCAGAAGACAGGGCCUUGUCUUUCCUCACUUUUGAUUGGCUGUCUGGUGUGCCCGCCCCUUUUGAAGAUCUGGGAGCUCAGGAGUCAGUCUCUUUGUGAUUGUGGAUCCAGAUCCUGCUGUAGGUCCUGAUGACUGGUUAAAUUUUUAUUUUGGGUUAGGGCAGCCCCUUUUCCACCAGCUGGUCUAGAGCUGGAGCUUCCAGCCAACCUGAUCGGUUUUCCACAGAUGGAGCCAAGUCGGUGCUGCAUCAUCUAAAACGCCGCCUUGAGGAGAAGGAAGGAGGCGCUCAGGCAAAGAUUAACAUAGAGUUUACUGUCCUGCUCUGGUCCUUCCAAACCAGGGGAGUAUUUAAAAGGCUUUACUAGAAAAAAUAUCCUUUUUUUCUAGUCUCCAUUAUGGACACCAUGUCUCCAUCAUUGUUCUGCUGCUGUCCUCAUGUGUUUUCAGGCUUGGCAGCCAGUGAGAGGGAAACUUUCUCCUCGUCCUCCUCUCCAGGUGUUCCAGCAGCUCUGCAUCAGAGUCCUGUUUACCUGUUUCACAGCACAAAAAACUAGUCAAUAUAAACAUCACACAAACAAACGGUAAAUGGUCUUUAUGAAUGAAUGAAUGCUGAG